UGUAAUGCACUAAUUUUAGCAUGUAUCUGUAUGUAAAGGAAAGGAUUUCAAAAUGUAAUAUUUAGCUGACAUUUGAGUAUUAUCGUCCGAUCUCUUGACAUUGGUGGUAGAAAAUAAGCCAGACAUCACAAUAUUAUUACAGUAGGAUUUUCAGUAGAGUAACAGCUGUCCGUCAGUAGUGCCGUUGUGCGGAAAACGCGUGUCUGACCUAAUUGUGCCGUUAUCACUUAUCGUACGUGACUUCGUGCAUUUCGGCACAUUAUGCGGAGCGUCGCGGCGCCUGCGAAAGCGUAGGCGUGCGUAUGGCUCGACGGGGAUGUAAGACAGAGGAUUUCGCGUAAGAUGUGGUAGUGGCGACGGUAGUGGUGGUCGUGGUAGUGGGCGAAACUCCAACUUCGAGGUAGCUUCGUGACACCUUGCGCGUUUAGUUGGCGCGCGGGGCCCCAACGAUUGGGACGGCCGAUAGAGACACUCCGUGCAAGUAAAAAGAGAGUAGGAUACGAGAGACAAGAAGCCGAGACAGCAACGAGCGACCAUACGACGAUUAACGACGACGACUCAAGACGAAGACGACUGAAUCUGAAAACAAGGAAAAAAGAAAGAAAAAGUUCCUUUUAAUCUGUUCCAUUUUAUUCUCGCGUAAGUUUAUUAAAUUCUCGAGGCGAGUUUCCCAAGUUGUGUGUGUGCGUCUCGUUGUCUGCCUCGGGGUGGUUGGGAGUGAUCCAGGAAUAAACCACCACUUUGCCGUCGUCGCGGGUGUCCGAAGGGAAACGCCCGGUCAGGUGCCGGAACUCGCAUCUUCGGAAGGAAAAAACUCAUCCUCUCCCUGAAGGAGACGCUUCAAAAAUCUGUAAGAGGCGAAUAAAGGUGGACGUCGAGCUCAGAAGAAAUCCGCGACAGGUUGGAUGGUGCCGCAGGCCGGCGCCAUUUGAACCGACGAGCUGGGCAAAGGAACUUGUUUCUUUCUUUGGGUUGCGGGCGUGAACACGCAAACGGGACCGAGUUUUCCGGGUCUCGUUGUAGAGACAGGUGCGGAGGCGUGCCUCCACCAUGGGGGUCGCCGAUGACUUCGCGCCCAGCUUUACGCAGAAGCCGCAACUACGGCAGGAGGAUGAUGGCAACCGGCUGAUAUUCGAGUGUCAGUUGGUGAGCUCGCCUAAGCCCGACAUAGCUUGGUUCCGCGGCGAAACCGAGCUCAGCGAGGAUGACAGGACCAACUUUAAAGUGCAGAGUGUCGGGACGAACAAGUUCCUGGUGGUGCUCGAGCUCGAUGAUGUCAUCGAGACCGACGCGGGCCUCUACAAGGUCAAGGCGAAGAACAAGAUGGGCGAGGUCGCCGCUUCCAUCAACCUCAAUUUUAGUCCAAUGGAUGAGCCUAGAGAGAAACAAAUUGACGGCAUCGCGCCGACUUUCGCGAAGAAGCCUGCGAUUAGACAGGAGGACGACGGCAAACGGCUGCUGUUCGAGUGUCGCAUUACAGCCGAUCCCACGCCGAAAAUUACAUGGUUUCAUAGCGGGAACAUAGUCAAAGAUUCGCCAAGGCACAAGCUGACCGUCGAUAAAGAUGGCCACUCGUACUUCGCUACCCUGGAAAUAAAAAACGUGACCGUCGAGGAUGCUGGCAAAUAUAAGGUCACAGCGAAGAACGAGCUCGGCGAAUCUAACGCUACGAUUUCCCUGAAUUUCGAUAGCGACGAGGCACCCGUACCGGAUGACGGUAUUAAACCUACCUUCACCGAACGACCGGUGAUUAAGCAAUCCGACGACGGUAACACCAUCACCUUCGAAUGCCGACUUGUCGGCGAUCCGAAACCGAGUGUCAAGUGGUAUCACGGUACCGAGGAAGUGAAAGACGGCGGACGGUUCAACACGUCGCUGGAACUUGAUCAGAAGCUGUACCAUCUCGCGAGGCUAAGGAUCGACAAUGUGGCGAAGGGGGAUGCGGGCGAGUACAGGGCCGUGGCGAAGAACAAACACGGCCAGGGGGUGGCGACCAUUAAUUUGAACUUCGAGGGUGGCGACAAGCUCAAAAUACCGGACGGUAAGCCGCCGCGCUUUCCGAAGAAGCCGACGAUCCGUCAGGAGGGCGACUUACUCAUCAUGGAGUGCAUCUUGGAGGCACAUCCGGUGCCCGACAUAACGUGGUACCAGGGUCAAAAAAUAAUUUCCGACAAUAAACGCGUGAAGAUGUCACGCAAGGCCACCGGCAAGGACACGUAUCUGCUGACUCUCGAGAUCUCGAAUCCGACCAAGGCUGAUGGUGGGAAUUAUCGUUGCAACGCCUUUAACAACUUCGGCGAGAGUAACGCCAACAUCUCCCUCAACUUCCAAGAGGAGGGCGCGGGUUGUGCUCCGUCCUUCAUCGAGAAACCUCGCAUCAUCCCGAACGAGACUGACACGCUGAUCACCAUGAAGUGCAAGUGCAAGGCAAAUCCCAAGCCAGAAGUCACGUGGUUCCGCGGCACCAACGUGGUAAAGGAAUCAUCGAAGAUCUCGAUCAAAACCAAAACUGUCGAAGAGGACAUAUACGAACUUAUUAUGGAAAUAAAGGACCCAUCGGGACCGGACGGUGGCACUUAUAGGUGUAAUGUGAAAAACGAGUAUGGCGAGAGCAAUGCCAAUCUAAAUCUGAAUAUCGAGGCAGAACCGGAACCGGAAGGAGACGGGCCGACAUUUGUCGAGAAACCACGAAUACAAUCGCAAGACAAGGGCAAGCUCGUUAUCAUGGACUGUAAGGUGAAGGCAAAGCCGAAGCCGCAGAUCGUGUGGACCCACGCUGGCAAAGAGGUAAAGGAAUCCUCGAAGAUCUCUCUCACCAUUGUUCAAGAGAAGGAUGACAUUUAUUAUAUCAAACUGACUUUGAACGAUCCUGGACCAGAGGAUUCCGGUCUCUACAAGUGUAACAUUAAAAAUGAACUUGGUGAACUCAAUGCCAAUCUUACGCUAAAUGUUGAAAUUAUACCUGUAAUUAAGGAGAAGCCGAAGGUCGUAAAGAUUGUCAAGAAGAAGACAGUCGUAAUUGAAUGUCAUGUUCUUUCUAAAUUUGCGCCCGAUUGUACAUGGUUUAAAGAGACUCAGGCCGUUAAAGAAGAUAAUAGACACAAGUUACAUGUCGAACAAGUCAAAGACGGUGAAUUCGCCGUGAAACUCGAAAUCGAACAAAUGUCGACGACAGACAAAGGCACGUACAAAUUGGUAGCACGUAAUGAAAAGGGCGAAGCCACGUCGCAAGUAGUAGAAGUGACGGAAAUUCCAGAGGAGAAAGGAGAAAAACCAAAGAUUGUUACCGGCCUCAAAUCAAUUACUGUCGAGGAAGGUAAAACGGUUGAACUCGUCGCCACUCUUGCAACACAAGAUCGAAAAGUCACUAUUACGUGGAACAGAGAUUCAACAGUUGUUAAAGCGUCAAAAGAUAUUAUGAUCUCUUUCAAUGGCCUGGAUAUGAAACUGACCAUUACCUCAGCAUCGACAGAAUUAUCAGGGACAUAUAAAGUUGUCGUCAGUAAUGAAUAUGGUCAAGAUGAGUCGUCGGCUCGUCUCGUUGUCAAGAAGAAAGAAGAAAAGAAAAAAGACGAAGAGGAGGAAGAAAAGAAAAAGAAGAAGGUUGAGAAGAAGGAGGAGAAAAAAGAGGAGGAAAAGAAGGAAGAGAAAAAGAUAGAAAAGAAGGAGGAAAAGAAAGUCGAAGAAAAGAAAGAGGAAAAGAAGGUCACAUGGAGCAACGAUGAUGAUGAGGACUUAGAAGAAUAUGAAGAUGAGGAGGAAGAGGAGGAGGAAGUGGUGAGUGUAAUUGAGUCCAGUAUUAUCAGCACAGAAGCCAUUCUCGAGGAAUCGGAUUCUAAAAUUAUUUCUCGCGUCGAGGAUAAGCCUGAUUUGAAACCAAACGGUAUCGACAAACCAAAGGUUGGGAAGAAAAUGGAGAUCUUACAGAAGGAUGAAGAAAUCGUGAACAAUGUUGAAGAAAGGAAAUCUAUUAAGAAAAAACCCGGCGAGAAAGUUGAAGACAAAAAGGAAGAAGAAAAAAAGAAAAUUGUAAAGAAGAAGGAGCCCGAAUCUAAGGAGGUGUCUCGAGAAACUACCCCUAAACUUGAAAAAACCGUGGCUAGUCGCAAGGAAUCAGUCAGCAGGGUGGAAGAAAUUAAGGCAGAGAGUCGUCGCAGUUCAAUUAUUAAGACUGAAGGAAAGAUAAUGGAUGAUGGCACAGUGACACCACGACGUCUUUCUAUACAAAAGACCGAAGAAAUCGAAGAAGAAGUCAAAGUAGAAAGCAGACGAUCUUCUAUCAUAGAAAAAAAGAAAACGACCGAGAAGGAUAUGUCGACAUAUAUGCCAAAAGCCAUUUCGCGAAUGACCGAGGACGAGAAAACACUCACAGCGAAGAUUAAGCCACACAUACACAAAUCCGACGAAGAUAUUCAGGAUGUUCGGUCUAAACCGACAAAGCGCGAUAGUAAAUCGGUAAGACAUUAUGAGGAAACCAUGAAGUCCGGAGUAACUUCUUCCAUACAUGAGACCGAUCAUAAACCGAAGGCUGUGCUUCAAGCUACAAUUAAGCCACGCGUGCGCGAUUUAGAUGACGAACUUGAGGAUGCUUGGAGUAUUCACAAUCCGGGAGAACGUGAUAAUGAAUCUGCUCCGUAUUACAGAGAUAUGUCGUCAGAUAAAACACACAAACCUCACACACCCGCUGAUACGACACAAUCACGAAAAUCGGAAAACAAACCGAAAGAUAAAAUAUUAUCACAUGACACAGCCGCAAAUAAAACACAACAGCAAAAAUUAGAUAAAGAAAUUGAGGACAUUUGGGCGAGUAAAGAACCUGAUGAUACUGACGUCAAAAAACGUGACAAAGAUGCUUUAAAAGAAAAAACAUAUUUGCAGAAACAUUCUCACACACGUAAAACACAUCCACAGAAAUCAGACGAAGAGAUUGAGGACAUACCAAAGGAAAAAGCGCGUUUACAUGAUACAUAUAGUAAAAUACAUUCACCUAAAUCUGACGAUGUUACAAAAGAUAAGACACUGUCUCGUAAUACUUCUAUACAUAAAAUAGAUUCUCAGAAGGGCAUUAAGGAUAUUUCGUCGACUAAGCCAAAAGAACAUGAUGUCGAUUCUAAGACAUAUGAUAAAGAUGUACCAAAGAAUAAGACAUUUUUACACGAUACACUUACAACUAAAAUACAAUUACACAAUCCUGAUGAGGCGCUAAAAGACAAGAAGACACUUUUACGUGACACACCGGAUAAAAUACAAAAAUUUGACGAAGUAUUAAAAGAUAGAACACAUGUACACGACACACCUACACACAAACUACGUCCGUACAAACCUGAUGAAAAAAUUAAGGAUUUAUCGAAAUUUAAGGACAACUCAUCCCGUCGUCAAUCUGACGAUGAAAUUGAGAAUAUUUGGUCCAAGUCGAAGGAACGUGAAAACAAAUUACACAAAACAGAUGAGGAUAUGUCAGUAAUUAAGAGACGCGUGUCUAAACCUGAUGAUCAAACUGAAGCAGAUAAAAUAUCUUUGGAUAAAACAAAAACGCGUGAUAUCAAACCUGCGCAAAAUAACCAGGAUAAAUUGGCGUCGAAGUCGAAAGGAUACGACGAUAGACACGUUCCACACCACGAGGAUCCCGCGUAUAUCACAGAUACACCACACAAACCUCUACAUGACCGAGAUGUCAAAACUUAUUACACGCACUAUAAUUACGACGUAUGGGCGCCAAAAUUCAUCGAACGCGAAUUAAAUUCUGUCACUAAUGAUAAGGACGUUUCGUUACCUACCGUUAAACCACAAACGCACGAAUCCGACGAUGAUAUUGAGGAUAUCUGGGCUUCGAAAACUGAGGACGACGCGCCUAAACCUAUCAGAAAAUUUAAGGACUCGCAAAUUUCCAAAGUUAUACCGUACAAAAUCGGAGAUAAAAUUGAGGAACCUACGCCCACGCCUAAACUUGCAUCCAAACCUAGAGACAGAAAACCCAAAGAGACUAGGGAGAACGCUGUACCCGAAUAUGAAAUAAGCGAGAUUAAAUCCAAAGAGACCAAGAGCAAAGAUAUUAAUUCUACACUUGACAACUCUACACUUGACAAAGAAGAAGUGCCCAAGAAAAAAGUGUCUAGACGUAAAUUGUCAGCUAAAUCAACAGAAGGGUCUGAGGAUCAAGAACCAGUAUUGAAAUCAAAGAAGAAGAAACCUAAAUCCGCGGAUGAAUCUAAGAAAGAGGAACCGAUCACAAAAACGAAAACUCUCGGAAAACAGGAAACACCGAAGGAAGAAGCCAAGCCUAAACCGGGAGAGGCAAAGGUGGAACCGAAAGCCAAACCUAAAGCAGAAGAAGUAAAGGAAGCCAAGACUAAACCAGACGAACCAAAGGAGGAACCGAAAGCCAAACCUAAAUCAGAGGAAAUAAAGGAAGCUAAGUCUAAACCAAAUGAACCGAAGGAAGAACCAAAAGCCAAACCUAAAUCAGAGGAAGUAAAGGAAGUCAAGUCUAAGCCAGACGAACCGAAGGAGGAACCAAAGGUCAAACCUAAAUUAGAGGAAGUAAAGGCACCCAAGUCUAAACCAGAUGAACCAAAGGAGGAACCGAAAGCCAAACCUAAAUCAGAGGAAAUAAAGGAAGUGCCAAAGGCAAAACCUAAACCGGAUGAAAUAAAGAAAGAGGAAUCUGCAACAAAACUUGCGCCUAAACCAGUAGAACCAAAGAAGGAAGAAGAGAUCACCAGGAAAAGUUUGAAAUCUGUCAAGCAACUUGAGGAGGAUAAGAAAACUCAAGAGAAAAUCGAGCUUAAGCCAAAGGACGCCACCCAGAUCAAACCGAAAUCCCGUUUACCACCAAAACAGCAAGUAAAAACUGAAAGCUUUCAGGGGAUUCAGCUUAAACCUGUUACAAAGGAUGCAAAACAGCCUCAACAGGCUGAAAAUGGCAAGGUGGAACUUAAGAAAACUGAGAAGACGGAAAAGGUCGAUGCGAAGAAGGCAAAAGCAACAAAGGCGGCGAAAGAAGCGAACUACGAACUCCCGGAGAUUCCGGAUUAUGAAAGGCCUGUCCUGGAGAAACCUCAGGAAUUUGAUUUUGGCGAAUAUGUUCCUCGCGACAAAACGAAGCUCGAUAGACCAGUCACACAGAAAUUCGAUUCUAAGCCGAAGUUACCCGAGAUUAAAGCGCCGGAGACACCUAAGAUCGAAGUUAUCAAGGACGUGACACCGGUUGGCAGCAGGAAGGGCUCUUUAGCACCCGGAAGCGGUACCAGCAGUCGACGUGGUUCACUCAUACCGCCUGAGGAAUUGGGUCGUAGGCCUAGCUUGCUCAUUAGUGACGAGGAGCAUAGGAAGCUUCGUCCCGGAGAGGUGGUGGACGAGCGCAAGUUGGGAAGGUUACGACCCGGUGAGGUGUUGGAAACAAAGCGUCGGCGUCCGAGUACAGCGGACGUCAGAAGACCCAGCGUGGCGGACCUCGAGAAUAUGAUCAAUUUACCUAGCACACCUCUACGAGAUGUGGGACCAGCUGGACCACCCCAGAUCGUCGAUGUCCAAGAAUCGUACUCUGCCGUCGAAGACUCGACGGCGUAUAUCAGCGUCGGGGUGGAGGGUACGCCCGCGCCAACUUUCAAGUUCUACAAGGGCAUCACCGAGAUCAUCGAGGGUGGCCGCUUCAAGUUCCUCACGGACUCGGAGACCAACACGAUCACCCUCUGCAUGAGGAAGACGAAGCCCAACGACGAGGGCACUUAUAAGAUCGUCGUAAGCAAUAUCCAUGGCGAGGAUUCUGCCGAGAUGCAGCUUUACGUUUCCGACGCCAGUGGUAUGGAUUUCCGUGCCAUGUUGAAAAAGAGAAAAUAUCAGAAAUGGGCACGAGAAGAGGCCGAGCAAGAAAAAGUAGAUUUGAAAGAAGUCGAGAAACCUAUGCCUGCAUUGAAGAAAGUGGAAAGGAAACAAGAAAGUUUUCUGAAGCCACUGGUGGAUCAAUACGCCAAGGAAGGCAAAGACAAGAAAGUCACUUUCGAAGCGAACUUUUCGAAACCAAAUUGCAAGCCAAAAUGGUUCUUCCGAAAGGACGAAUUAUUCCCAUCGUCGAAAUAUAAAUUCAAAAACGAAGAGGACUGCUAUCAGCUUGUUAUCCUUGGACCUAAAGUCGAAGACACUGGAAAAUAUACAAUCGAAAUUGCCGGUGUAUCUAGUACAGGUUUCCUCAAUGUAGAUGAACCCGAUCCAACGUAUACUUUCUUGAAGCCGUUGUCAAAGAAAAGCAGCGGUUUUACCAAGCAUGAAGCUUACAUGGAAUGUACAGUCAGCUCUAAUAUGGCACAAGUUUCUUGGUACAAAGGCAAAACAAAACUCGAGGAUGGAGAACAAUACAGUAUUUCUAAAGACAUGUCUGGCGUAUGUCGACUAGCGAUCAGGAGCGCAACUCUCGAAGAUAGUGGCGAAUACAUUUGUAAGAUAAAUAAACAGACGGACAAGACCGAAACUGUCCUCACUAUAGUUGAAUAUCCUUACAAGUUCGUUAAAGUGCUAAAACACCAGCAACUAAUAGAAAAGGAAACUUUGACUUUACUUUGCGAAUUGGAUGAUGCCGCGGGUGAAGUCCAAUGGUUUAAAGGUGACCAAGCGAUUACGCCUGACAAAAGGGUGCAAAUUAAAGAAGAAGGCAGGAAGAGAAAGCUUAUUAUUAAAGAUUGUAAAGUCACGGACGCCGGGCUUUAUUCUUGCGUGAGCAAUGCGGACAAGACCGAAGCUGAAAUCGUGAUAAACUAUGCUAAUCGUUUUAAUAAGAAGCUAAAGGACACGGUCGCUAUAGAAAGAGAAAAGUUAGUGCUAGAUGUUGAGCUUCAGGAUCAAACUGCGCCAGCUGUAUUUUACUUCAAUGGCGAGAAGAUCGAACCCAAUGAGAGAGUGGAGGUUAAGAAUUUGGGCGGUGGUAAGCAUCAGUUAGUCUUCAACAAAUUGGAAAUGACGGAUGAUGGCGAAAUCAUGUGCGAAAGUGGUCAGUUGACGAGCAGCUGUAAGCUUACUGUAAAGAAGGGUGAGAGCAAACCGAUUGUUGACUUCCCUGACAAAGUCGAAGGACCCUGCAGCGCACCGUUAGUCUUUGUCGUGCCUUUCAAAGUUGAUGGCACUAAACAGAGUCCAGUGGAAGCGAAGCUGAUGAAGGACGGCAAACCGUUACCUCUUAAAGACGUCGAGGUCAUCGUUGGCGAGGAUAAAGUCACAUAUAAGAUCAAAAAACCCCAACGCGAAUCAUCUGGUGUCUAUCAAAUAAAGAUCGGUAAUACUCAGGGCGAAGAAGUGAAGGAUGUCAAUAUAGUUAUGCAAGAUGUCCCAUCUGCGCCGUACGACGUCGAAGUCAACGAAAUAUUCCAGAAUUCCUGUGUCGUGUCCUUUAAGCCGUCGAAGGAUGACGGCGGUUCACCCAUCACGAAGUACGUCAUCGAACGUCUUGAUCUCAGCUUAAAGGCUCAAUGGGACAGCGUUGGUGAAGUCAUGUCGGGAGAAAAAUGCGUUUACAAAGUCGAAGAUCUAGUUGCGAAGAAGGAAUAUAAAUUCCGCAUACGAGCCGUGAAUAAACUGGGAUCCAGUGAACCGGCCAUGUUCGGCAAGCCUGUCUUAGCCAAAGAUCCAUGGGACGAACCAGGCAAGCCUACAAAUGUUGAUGUAACCGAUUGGGACAAGGAUCACGCUGAUUUGACAUGGACGAAACCCGAAAACGAUGGCGGUGCACCGAUCACCGGUUACGUAAUCGAGUACAAGGAGAAGUUUGGCAAAGAAUGGGUGAAGGGCAAAGAAAUCGAAGGCGACGUGACUAAGGCGACAAUCGAUGGUCUCAAGGAAGGUACCCAGUACGAGUUCAGGAUACGAGCGGUGAACAAGGCAGGUCCCGGUGAACCAUCUGAUGCCACUAAGCCGAUUAUUGCCAAGUGCCGAUUCGUUAAGCCAUAUAUUGUCGGCGAUGGACUUACGAAUUUGGUCAUCAAGAAGGGCCAAGUCAUCAAAUACGAUAUCAAAUACGCUGGUGAGCCGGAACCGGAGGUACAUUGGUACUUAGGUCAAAAGGAGCUUGUCCAGGACGCGGCUGAAAGGCUUACGAUCGACAAAUAUGAGAGAAAUACUGUUUUGACGGUUAGAAAGACCACCAGAUCUGAUUCCGGAAAAUAUAAAUUAGUAUUAACGAACGGUUCUGGCACUUGCGAGAGCUUUGCUGAUGUCGUUGUUCUUGACAAGCCAUCGAUUCCAAUAGGACCUCUCAAAGUGGAAGAAGUCCGUGCCGAUCACGUUAAAGUCAAAUGGGAAACACCGGAAGACAAUGGCGGUACUGAAAUCACAGGCUAUGUGUUGGAAAAAAUGGAUUUGGACACUGGGCGAUGGAUUCCAGCUGGAGAAACUAGUCCCAGUGAGAGAGUUUUCACGUUCCCUGGUUUAACACCUAAGAAGAAAUAUAAAUUCCGUGUUAAAGCAGUCAAUAAAGAAGGCGAAUCAGAACCUUUAGAGGUCGAGGAAGCUAUCGUAGCGAAAAAUCCUUAUGAUGAGCCUGGUAAGCCCGGUAAACCGCAAAUCUUCGACUAUGAUAACGUCAGUGUGUCUUUGAAAUGGGAGAAACCGCAGAACGACGGUGGUAGACCAAUUACUCACUAUACCGUCGAGAUAAAGGACAAAUUCACCGCUGAUUGGGUCGAGGUAAUGAAGACCACUGAUGCGACACCCGAGGCUAAAGUUGAAGGUCUCAAGGAAAAGAUGGUGUACCAAUUUCGCGUUCGUGCUCACAAUAAGGCUGGUUCUGGUGAACCCAGCGAACCCACAGAUAACCAUCUUUGCAAGCACAGAAAUCUGAGACCGAGAAUCGACCGAACCAAUUUCAAAUCAGUCAUUAUCAAAGCUGGUCGUACUCACAAAUGGUCUGUAGAUGUAUCUGGUGAACCUCCACCAGAGACCAAAUGGAUCUGGAGAGACAAUAUCCCAUUGACUACUACCGAGCGCAUCAAAAUCGAGAAUGUCGAGUAUCACACAGACUUUACGAUUGUGAAUGCGAUGCGCAAGGAUACCGGAAAAUACACGCUGAUUGCUGAGAACGCCAACGGCAAAGAUGAGGAGACCGUCGAACUUACCGUACUCGGAAAACCGGAUGCUCCUAAAGGACCUCUGGAAGUCAGCGAUGUUACCAAUACCUCGGCCAAGGUGAAAUGGGAGAAGCCGGAAGAUGACGGUGGUGUGCCGAUCAAAGAGUAUGAAAUCGAGAAAAUGGACACAAAGACCGGUAAAUGGGUCAGAGUCGGCAAAGUGCCUGGAAAUUCGCCAAACACAGAAUUUGAAGUCACCGGUUUGAAUCCUGGCAGCGAAUACAAGUUCCGCGUGACAGCUGUCAACGAUGAAGGCGAUUCGGAGCCUCUGCAGAGCGAACGCGGUGUUGUUGCCAAGAAUCCAUAUGACGAGCCCUUGAAGCCUGGAACGCCCGAAAUCACCGAUUACGAUAACGAAUCUGUAAGCUUAAAAUGGACUCCGCCAGAAUUUGACGGAGGAGCACCGAUCGAGAAAUAUAUUAUCGAGAAAAAAGAUCGGUACAAGCCUGAUUGGGAAAAGGCUAUCGAAGUCCCUGGAAAUCAACUUGAAGGCAAAGUACCCGAUCUAAAGGAAAGAGGCGAAUAUCAGUUCCGAGUUAUCGCAGUGAACAAAGCUGGUCCUUCACCUCCAUCAGAUGCGUCAAAGAUGCAGAUUUGCAAGCAUAAAGCCCUGAAGCCAAGAAUCGACAGAACAAAUUUGAAACCGAUUGUUGUGCGAGCGGGCAAAACCGUCAAAUACGACGUGGAUGUACGUGGCGAGCCACCGCCAGAAAUCAAAUGGUAUCACUCUGGCAGCGAAGUAAAAUCCGGUGAGAACAUAGAAAUCGUUAACAUUGAUUAUAACACGAAGCUCACCAUCACCGACAGCAUACGCAAGAACACCGGGGUAUGGAAGAUCAAGGCUGUCAAUCCUCAUGGCGAGGAUGAGGCGGAAGUCGAAGUGACAAUAUUAUCCGCUCCCGGAAAACCAAAGGGACCGCUUAAAGUGGCAGAUGUCACAAAGAAUGGUUGCAAGCUUAAAUGGGACAAACCGGAAGACGAUGGUGGCAAACCGAUUACUGGAUAUCAAGUCGAAAAACUAGAUAAAUCAACAGGCAGAUGGAUACCAGUUGGUCGCACGGCAGAUACCGAAAUGGACAUAAAGGGUCUUCAGGAGGGACACGAGUAUGAAUUUAGAGUAAAGGCUUUGAACGAGGAAGGAGAAUCAGAACCGCUCGUCUCAGAUGGUUCUACAGUCGCAAAGAAUCCUUACGAUGUCACAAGCAAGCCUGGAACACCGGAACUCGAAGAUUGGGACGUCGAUCGCGUCGAUCUCAAAUGGGAACCUCCUAAAGACAACGGUGGUGCACCGAUCACUGGUUACAUUAUUGAGAAGAAGGAAAAACCUUCCUCUCAAUGGGAGGAAGCUCUUGUUACUGACUCACCACAACCGAAAGGUCGCGUUACCGGCUUGAAAAAAGGUUCUACUUAUCAAUUCCGUGUUCGUGCUGUUAAUAAGGCUGGACCAUCAGAGCCAAGCGACCCGACUAAACCGCACGUUGCAAAAGCAAGAUUCCUGAAACCACACAUCAACCGUGAUAAGCUGCAGACCAUCAAAGUAAGGGCAGGUCAACUAGUGAAAUUGGAAGUCGAUGUCGAAGGUGAGCCUCCUCCAACAGUUACAUGGAGUUUCGCCGGUGCGCCGCUUCAAACUGGAGCCAAUGUAAAAAUCGAUAACGAAGACUAUCUUACUAAGAUCCAGUUAACAAAUACCACUCGAAAAUUAACUGGGAAAUAUACCAUCAAGGCUGUAAACGAUUCUGGACAAGAUGAAGCCGAUGUUGAGAUUAAUAUUCUUGAUAAACCUGGAAAGCCGGAGGGACCACUAGAAGUGAGUGACGUGCACAAAGAGGGCUGCAAAUUGAAAUGGAGCAAACCAAAGGAUGACGGUGGGCUUCCUCUAUCGAGUUACAUAGUAGAAAAGAUGGACGUGACGACAGGUCGUUGGGUACCAGCCGGUAUCGUGGAUCCUGAGAAAACCGAACAUGCGGUUACCGGUUUGGAACCUGGCCAUAAGUACGAAUUCCGUGUGAAGGCUGUGAACGAAGAAGGAGAAUCGGAACCUUUGCAAACCGAUGUUGGCAUCGUAGCUAAGAAUCCAUACGAUGUUCCAGCGGCACCUGGACUUCCAGAGAUUGUCGAUUGGUCGGAAAAUAUGGUGAAGCUCAAAUGGGAGCCGCCGAUAAGGGAUGGCGGUGCACCAAUUACUGGAUAUAUUAUUGAAAUGAAGGAUAAGUUUGGCACUAAUUUCGUCAAGGCUGCCGAAGUGCAAGGACCUGUAUGUACUGGCACAGUUCCACGUUUAGAAGAAGGCAAUCAAUAUCAAUUUAGAGUACGCGCUGUCAAUAAGGCUGGCCCUGGUGAGCCUAGUGAGGCCACAAAUCCACAUACCGCUAAAGCUCGUUGGCUAAAACCUUUCAUUGAUCGCACGAAUCUGCAACCCAUAACUGUAAAAGUCGGCCUUACUGUAACCCUGGACGUUAACAUAAUUGGCGAACCACCACCAAAAGUUACUUGGACUUUUAAGGAUAAGGAACUCGUAUCGGACAACACGAUACGAAUCGACAACAUUGAUUACAACACAAAGUUCUUUAUUCUGAAAACUAAACGCGCACACACUGGUAAAUAUGUGAUUAACGCAAAGAACGAAGUUGGUGAAGAUACCGCUGAAGUAGAAAUUACUGUUCUUGGCAAACCCAGCAAACCAAAGGGUCCCUUGGAAGUAAGCGAUGUUAACAAACAUGGUUGCAAACUCAAAUGGGACAAACCUGAAGAUGACGGUGGUUCACCUGUCGAAUACUAUGAGAUCGAAAAGUUAGAUCCUCUUACAGGACAAUGGGUACCUUGUGGUCGUAGUACCGAACCUGAAGCAACCAUCACCGGUUUGCAAGAGGGCAAGCCAUAUAAAUUCCGCGUGAAAGCCGUCAAUAGAGAAGGAGAAUCCGAUGAUCUGGAGGCGGACAAGUCUAUUAUAGCUAAGAAUCCGUUCGAUGAACCGGGCAAGCCUGGUCGACCAGAGCUUAAAAACUGGGACAAGGAUUUCGUCGAUCUCGAAUGGACUCCACCUAAGGACGAUGGAGGUGCGCCGAUCGAAAAAUACAUCGUACAAAUGCGAGACAAAGAGGGUAGACAGUGGGUGGAUGUCGCUAAGGUCCCGGGAGAUCGUACCGUGGCUAAAGUAACCGAUGGUAUUCAGGAAGGUCACGAAUAUGAGUUCAGGAUUGUGGCUGUCAAUAAGGCUGGACCUGGCGAACCCAGCGACACCUCAAAAAGCGUCAUUGCCAAGCCUCGAUUCUUGGCGCCGCAUAUCGAUCGCAAGAACCUCCACAAGAAAGUCAUGCGAAUUGGUCAGAUGCUGCGAAUCGAGGCUGACAUCAAGGGUGAACCGCCACCAACUGUUACGUGGAAGCUCAAAGACAAGGUACUGAAGAGCAUGGACCGACUCAAGAUUGAGAACGAGGAUUAUCAUACUAUGUUCAUUAUUAACAAACUUCAACGAUCGGACGCUGGCACUUACACCGUCAUUGCCAAGAAUGAUAGCGGCACGGAUGAAGUCGACGUUGAGCUUCAGGUUUUGAGCAAGCCUGGCAAACCGAAAGGCCCUCUCGAAGUGUCCGACGUGACGGCUGAGGGUUGCAAGCUUAAGUGGGACAAACCUGAUGACGAUGGUGGCGAACCAGUUGAUCAUUAUGUCAUCGAAAGGAUGGAUGUAGACACAGGACGUUGGGUACCAUGCGGAACCAGCAAGACUCCAGAAGCAGAUGUAUCUGGUCUGAAUGAGGGCAAGGAUUAUCAAUUCCGUGUUAAAGCUGUCAACUCCGAAGGCGAAUCCGAACCUCUGGAAACGUCCAUACCAACGACUGCCAAAAAUCCUUAUUCUGAACCUGAUGCACCUAGCAAACCCGAGUUGAAGGAUUGGUCAAAGAAUCACGUGGAUCUGAAGUGGAAGGCUCCGAAAAAGGAUGGUGGUGCUCCCAUUGAGAAAUAUAUUAUUGAAAAGAAGGACCAAUAUGGUAAAUGGCAAAAGGCUGCGGAAGUUCCAGGUAACAAAACCGAAGCCAAAGUGCCAGAUCUUGUGGAGGGUCAGAAAUAUCAAUUCCGUGUUAAGGCCGUGAAUAAAGGUGGCCAAAGCAAGCCCAGCGAACCUAGCGACACUCUAACAGCCAAGGAUCGCUACGCUGCGCCCAAGAUCGAUCGCACGAAUUUGAAAGAUAUUACAAUCAAGGCAGGUAAUGUCAUUCGGUUGGAUGUCAAAGUCACGGGAGAACCGCCGCCAAGCAAGACCUGGUUUUUAAACAAGGCCAAGCAGGAAUCUGACAACGUCCUGACCAUUGAAACAGAGGAUUACAAAACCAAGUUUGUGAUUUCAUCGGCGAGUAGAGCUCAUUGUGGCACGCUGACUUUGAAGGCCGAGAACAGCUCUGGCAAAGAUGAGGCGUCCAUCCAGAUUUUAGUGCUGGACAAGCCCAGCAAGCCUGAAGGGCCGCUCAAGGUUUCCGAUGUGCACAAGGAGGGUUGUACUCUCAAAUGGAAUCCACCCGCGGAUGAUGGUGGUGCACCUUUGGAUCAUUACGUCGUCGAAAAGAUGGACACAGAAACUGGCAGAUGGAUUCCAGUCGCACGCACCAAGGAACCUACAAUGGCGGUAGAAAAUCUUGUGCCUGGACAGGAAUACAAAUUCCGAGUCGCAGCUGUAAACGCAGAAGGCGAAUCCGAACCAUUGGAGACUGAAUACGGAAUUGUCGCCAAGAAUCCAUUUGAUGAACCUGGUGCACCAGGACGUCCGGAGGCGACCGACUGGGAUAAGGAUCAUGUAGAUCUGAGAUGGACUCCACCGUUAAAAGACGGCGGAUCUCCAAUCACUGGAUAUGUGAUCGAGAAGCGGGAAAAAGGCGCGCCGAAAUGGAUCAAGGCGUGCGAGACUGGACCGGAUUGCAAGGGUCGUGUCGAUAAUCUCGACGAGGGUGUUGAAUAUGAAUUCAGAGUCAAGGCUGUCAAUGCCGCUGGUCCCGGUGAACCGUCCGAUGCAAGCAAACCGAUUACAGCCAAGUGUCGAAGACUCCCGCCGAAGAUCGACAGGCGAAAUUUGCGCGAUAUAACCGUGCGCGAGAACGAAGCGUUCCACUUCGACGUCAAGAUCAUCGGCGAACCACCGCCAGAUGUUACAUGGGUAAUUAACAAUAAGAGCAUCCAGCAAACCACACAUCGCAGAAUUCAAAACGUGCCUUACAACAGCAAAUUCUUCAACGACAAACCUGAACGCAAGGAUAGUGGCACUUACAAGAUCACUGCGGUUAAUCAGCAUGGAUCCGACACCGCCGAAGUUGAAGUCACUGUUGUUUCCAAACCUGGCAAACCAGAAGGACCAUUGGAAGUAUCUGACGUGCACAAAGAAGGAUGCACGCUUAAAUGGAAGAAACCUAAGGACGACGGUGGAGAACCAAUCGAAGGCUAUCUUGUAGAAAAAUUCGAUCCGGAGACUGGCGUCUGGCUACCAGUCGGUAAAACUACUGGACCCGAGAUGAAGGUUGAAGGGCUUACACCUGGACACGAGUACAAAUUUCGAGUCAAGGCUCUCAAUAAGGAAGGAGAAUCUGAACCGUUGGAAACUUUCAGCUCCAUUAUAGCAAAAGAUCCAUUCACUGUACCAACUGCACCUGGAGCACCGGAGCCAGUCGAUUGGACAGCUAAUCAAGUUGAACUUUCCUGGAAGGAACCUAUCAGCGACGGUGGUUCACCUAUUACGGGCUAUAUUAUUGAAAAGAAAGACAAAUACAGUACCAUGUGGGAAAAGGCUUUGGAGACCGAGACACCAACCACCAAAGCUUUGGUACACGGUCUAAUAGAAGGCAACGAUUAUCAGUUCCGUGUGAUUGCCAUUAAUAAGGCUGGCCAAUCGGAACCCGGCGAGGCGAGCAAAACGUUUACUGCUAAGCCGCGUUUCUUGGCCCCGAAGAUCGACAGGCGCAAUUUGAGGGACGUUACUUUGUCCGCUGGUUCAAUGCUGAAGUUUGACGCUAACGUGAUCGGCGAACCGCCGCCACACAUUGAGUGGCGUUACGGCGCGAUACCGCUUCAUUCUGAUCGCAAGGUACAGAUCGACAACACCGACUACAAUACCAAGUUCAGCAUACGUCCAGUGUCACGAGACGACAGUGGCGAUUACACUGUCACCGCCAGCAAUUCGUCGGGCAAAGACUCGGUGACGGUGCAGGUGACGGUGACAGACAAGCCGACGCCACCCGAAGGACCACUUCAGGUAUCAGAUGUGCACAAGGAAGGAUGCAAGUUGAAAUGGAAGAGACCUAAAGACGACGGCGGUACACCCAUUGAGUAUUACCAAGUAGACAAAAUGGACCCGGAAACUGGAUGCUGGGUACCUUGCGGACGCUCUACCGAACCGAAUAUCGAGGUGACAGGUCUAACACCUGGCAAGGAGUAUCUUUUCCGGGUAGCCGCGGUCAAUGCCGAGGGCGAGUCGAAACCUUUGGAAGCGGAACAAACAAUAGUAGCCAAGAAUCCAUUCGACGAACCAGGCAAACCGGGUGAUCUUCGAGCCACUGAUUGGGAUAAGGACCAUGUCGAUUUAAAAUGGACUCCGCCCGUGAACGAUGGAGGUUCACCAAUCACUGGUUACGUAAUUGAGAAGAAGGAUAAAUACGGCGAAUGGGAAAAAGCACUGGAGGUGCCUGCGGAUGAAACAUUCGCUACUGUACCAGAUCUCAUCGAAGGCCAACCGUACGAGUUCCGUGUGCGUGCCGUGAAUAAGGCUGGUCCCGGUGAACCGUCGGACGCCACGCCGACCAUCAUCGCCAAACCGCGCAAUCUUGCGCCCAAGAUCGAUCGCACUAAUCUGAUCGAGGUGAGGAUCAAAGCCGGUCAAAACUUUAACUUUGACUGUAAAGUAACGGGCGAGCCACCACCGACUACCAAAUGGAUGUUGAACGGCAAGGAGGUUCGACCAAGCGAUCGAGUUAAAGUCAAGCAUGUAGAUUAUAACACCAGUCUGAGCGUGCGGAUGGCUACGCGUGCGGAAUCUGGGAAAUAUACUGUUAUUGCUGAAAAUAUUAACGGUCGAGAUGAGGCAUUCGUUAAGGUGACUGUGCUGGACAAGCCGAGCCCACCGCAAGGUCCGCUACGCACGUCCGAUGUGCAUGCCGAGGGCUGCAAGCUCACGUGGAAGCCUCCUGAAGACGAUGGAGGGCAACCGAUUGAUAAAUAUGUCGUAGAAAAGAUGGACGAGGCCACAGGUCGUUGGGUGCCAGCCGGGGAGACCGAUGGACCAGAAACAAAUUUGCAGGUGGAGGGCCUGACACCAGGACACAAGUACAAGUUUAGAGUGAGAGCAGUCAACAAGCAGGGCAAAUCUGAACCGCUCACCGCUAUGCAGAGCAUCGAGGCGAAGAAUCCCUUCGACGAACCAGGAAAGCCAGGUACGCCAGAGGUGGUUGAUUAUGACAAGGACUUUGUCGAACUUCAAUGGAGCCGUCCCGAGGAAGACGGUGGAUCACCGAUCACUGGUUACAUCAUAGAGAAACGCGACAAGUACAGCCCUACCUGGGAGAAAUGUGCGGAAGUCGAUGGUGACACAAAUCGUGGCAGAGUUAAUGACCUGGUUGAGGGAACGCCAUAUGAAUUCCGCGUGAGGGCCGUCAAUAAGGCUGGUCCUGGUGAACCAUCGGAGGCUUCCAAGUCUCAUAUAGCACGACCCAAAAACCUUCCACCAAAGAUCGACAGAAAAUACAUGUUGGAUGUAAAAGUGCGCGCUGGCGGUUUCUUCGACUUCGACGUGCCGGUAACCGGAGAGCCGCCGCCAAGCAAAGAGUGGUCGUUGAAAGAUUCCACGGUGAUGGCGAGUGAUCGUAUCAAGAUCAUCAACGAGGAUUACAACACUAAGGUGCGCGUGACGGAGGCGAAGCGUUCCGAUUCCGGAGUUUACACGCUCGUGGCUAAGAAUGUGAAUGGCAAGGACUCUGCCACGUUGACGGUGAACGUGCUGGACGUACCUUCGCCACCGGAAGGUCCGCUGAAGAUCGACAAUGUUACGAAGAACGGCUGCAGCCUGAAGUGGCGACCGCCCAAGGAUGACGGCGGUUCUGAGAUUCAAUACUACCAGGUCGAAAAAAUGGAUACGGAGAACAUGCGCUGGGUGCCCGUGGCCGAGGCUAACACCACCUCAGCGCAGGUUGGUCAUCUAAUCGAGGGACACGACUAUCAGUUCCGUGUGCGAGCGGUCAACAAGCAGGGCGAGUCCCAGCCGUUGAUGGGAAUAGAUACCAUCACUGCCAAGGAUCCGUUCGCCAAGCCAGACAAGCCUGGCACGCCGGUCGCUACUGAUUGGGACAAAGAUCACGUAGAUCUGGAAUGGACACCGCCUAAGAAAGACGGCGGAUCGCCUAUAACUGGUUAUAUAAUUGAGAAACGACCUCGUUUUGGACAAUGGGAAAAGGCCGCCGAAGUACCUGGAGACAAGACAAGCGCAAGAGUACCUGAUCUGACUGAAGGUCAAGAAUACGAAUUUAGAGUUAUUGCCGUCAACAAGGGUGGACCUGGUGAACCGUCUGAGGCAUCGGCUCCAAUAGUUGCUAAACCUCGCUUUAUUUCUCCUUCGUUUGACACGCACUUGCUGAACGAUUUGGUGGUUCGCGCUGGUCAGAAAAUUAGCUACACCAUUCCUAUUGUGGCAUCACCUAAACCGAAAGCCACGUGGAGUCGCGAUGGUGUUCAGAUUGUGGCUGAUGCUCGUCACGAGAUGUAUACCACCAAUACUGAAACUUCUUUUGAGAUUCCGUUCUCUGUGCGUGGUGAUACUGGGCGUUACACUUUGACUUUGGAGAACGAGCACGGUAGCUGCAGCGGUAGCGCGAGAGUCACUGUCCUCGAUAGACCGGCGCCGCCGGAGAAACCUUUGGAUGUCACCAAUAUCACUAAAGAAGGUUGUCAUUUAACCUGGGGUCAUCCUCUUGAUGAUGGCGGCAGCCCCAUUCUACACUAUGUUAUCGAGAAGAUGGAUAUGUCCCGUGGAACUUGGUCCGACGCCGGUAUGAGCAUGGUGUUGAGCCACGAAGUUAGCCGUCUGAUUCAUCGUAAAGAAUAUUUGUUCCGCGUCAAAGCUGUUAACAAUAUCGGAGAAUCCGAUCCGCUCGAGACCACAAAGAGCAUCAUUGCGAAAAAUGAGUUUGAUGAACCAGACGCGCCUGGCAAGCCACAGAUUACUGAUUGGGACAAAGAUCACGUGGAUCUACAAUGGCCAGUGCCGAAGAACGACGGCGGAUCACCGAUCACAGGCUACAUCGUUCAGAAAAAGGAGAAGGGCAGCCCUUACUGGGUGAAUGCGGUGCACGUGCCGUCUGGACAAAACAGCACCACCGUUCCGGAUCUGACGGAAGGUCAGGAAUACGAAUUCCGUGUGAUCGCUGUCAAUGCCGCCGGUCAGUCCGAACCGUCGGAACCCAGCGACCUCGUCACUGCCAAACCUCGUUACCUGGCUCCGAAGAUCAAGACGCCUUUACAGGACGUUCGUAUCAAAGCCGGACUUAUCUUUCAUGUGGAUAUUGACUUCAUCGGCGAACCGACGCCAGAGGCAACGUGGAGUGUAGGAAGCACCGAGUUGACCUCUAAUGACAGAACUACGAUUACAUCGAUCGGCUAUCAUACAAUCGUGCAUAUUGUUAAUGCUAAGAGGUCAGAUUCGGGAUCGUAUCAUCUGUUGUUGAAGAAUAGCAGCGGUAUAGACGAAGGCAGCUUCCAAUUAACCGUCUUAGAUAAACCUGGACCGCCAGAAGGUCCUUUACAGUACGAGGAAAUUACCAGCCAGUCCGUUACGCUUUCGUGGAAGCCACCCAAGGAUAAUGGAGGCAGCGAACUUACUGGAUACAUCAUUGAAAAACGUGAUCUUACGCAUGGUGGUGGUUGGGUACCAGCGGUUACACAUGUUAAUCCCAAGUAUAAUCAUGCGACUGUACCAAGAUUACUCGAGGGAACUACGUAUGAAUUUCGCGUGUGUGCGGAAAAUCUUCAGGGUCGCUCCGAGCCAUUGACCACUGAUCGAUCUGUUGUUGCCAAGAACCAAUUCGUGGUUCCUGGACAACCUGGCAAACCAGAAUGCGUGGACGCUGACAAAGAUCAUAUCAAAAUCAAAUGGACUCCGCCUAUUAGCAACGGCGGCUCCAAGAUCAUUGGCUACGACGUGGAACGACGCGAUCGCGCUACGGGUCGCUGGAUAAAGCAGAAUAAAGAACCCAUCAGAUAUCCUGAAUAUUACGAUGAUCAUGUAACUGAGGGUCAUCAGUACGAGUAUCGUGUAUCAGCUAUAAAUGCCGCAGGCGCUGGAAAACCGAGCGAGACCUCGUCUGUAUUUACGGCUAAACCUAUGAAAGAGAAACCGAAACUUAAUCUGGACGCUUUAAUUGGACGCAAGAUCAAGGUCCGCGCUGGAGAACCGAUCAACGUCAAUAUACCAUUGUCCGGUGCACCCACGCCGAAAAUUGAAUGGACCAAGGAUGGGAAAUCACUAAUGGAAACUCUUCGCCUAUCUACUGAGACCAAGAGCGAUCGAACGCAGCUACUCAUUGAAAAAUCCGUGCGAGAUGAUGGUGGCAUGUACACCGUGACCGCAACAAACGAGCAUGGAAAGGAUUCGGCCGACAUCGAAGUGAUAGUUGUCGACAAGCCUGGACCACCUCAAGGUCCUCUGCAAUAUACCGGCACGACACAGGAAUCUGUUGGGCUGUCCUGGAAUCCACCAGUGGACAAUGGCGGAUCCGACAUCACAAACUAUAUUGUUGAGGUUUCGGAUUAUGGUUCUGACAAUUGGCGACAAGUACCUGGAUACGUUCCCAGGACGAGCUUCACGGCGAAGGGUUUAUCUGAAGGCAAAAAGUACGUCUUCAGGGUCCGCGCUGAGAACAUGUACGGCGUGUCGGAGCCCUUAGAGGGUAAACCUGUAAUUGCCAAGAGUCCGUAUGAUCCGCCAGAUGCACCAAGCCAGCCUGAGGUUCUCGGUUACACUCCCAACAGCUGCAGCCUAGCAUGGAAUCCGCCUAUUAAUACAGGAGGAAAACCUAUUACUGGUUAUUACGUGGAAAGGCGCGAGCGUGGUGGCGAAUGGUUGAAAGUCAAUAACUAUCCCACCCCGAACACAACGUUCACUGUACAAGAUCUUCACGAGGGUUCACGAUAUGAAUUUAGAGUCAUCGCUGUCAACGAGGCUGGACCUGGUAAACCCAGCAAGCCCACUGAACCGAUCACAGCCGGACAUCAGCGCCUACGCCCUGACGCACCGGAGCCGCCUAAGGCGGACAGAAUUACCAAGGAUUCGGUGACCCUAAGUUGGCGACCACCGCGAAGCGACGGUGGUUCGAAGAUUCGAGGAUACAUCAUUCAGAAGAAGGCUAAGGGUGAUGAUGAUUGGUCAGAUGUAAACGGCGCGCCCAUACCUAGCAAUGUAUACACUGUACCGAAGUUGAAAGAAGGUGAGGAGUAUCUCUUCAGGGUGUUUGCGGUAAAUGACGUAGGUAGCAGCGAUCCGAGUCGACCCAGCAAUCCGAUUGUCAUCGAAGAACAACCUAACAAACCAGUCAUGGAUCUCGGUGGAGUUCGCGACAUUACGGUUCGCGCCGGCGAAGAUUUCUCUAUUCACGUGCCUUACAUCGGCUUUCCCCAACCAACCGCCACAUGGUUCGCAAACGACGUCGUUAAAGAUGAUACCGAUCCACGUGUACAUCAACAACUGGCCAGUGAUUAUGCCAGUUUGGUGGUGAAGAAUGCAAAACGUUCGGAUGGUGGGCAGUACAGACUCCAGCUGCGUAACUCAUCUGGUUUUGAUACGGCUACCAUUAAUGUUAAAGUCUUGGAUCGUCCUAGCCCGCCUGAGAAUCUUCGCGCGGACGAGUUUGGUGGCGACGCCCUCACGCUCUUCUGGAAUCCGCCCAAGGAUAACGGUGGUGCCGAUAUCACUAACUACGUGAUUGAGAAGAAAGAACCGAAGGCCGCCACGUGGUCCAAAGUGAGCAGCUACGUUACGACACCAUUUGUGCGAGUCAGGAAUCUGACGGUUGGUCAAGUCUAUGAAUUCCGGGUAAUGGCUGAGAAUCAGUACGGUACGUCGGAUCCAGCGACAACAAUCGAUCCGAUCAAAGCGCGACAUCCAUUCGAUCCGCCAGGUGCUCCUGGCACACCUCGUGGUGUAGAGACCACCGAAGACAGCAUCACUAUUACUUGGACCAAACCUCGUCACGACGGUGGUUCGCCGAUCCUCGGCUACGUCGUCGAAAAACGUCUCCUAAACGAGGACAAAUGGGUGAAGGCAACUCCGGCUCUGGUGCACGAUACUACUUAUAAAGUUACUGGACUGAUCGAAAAUCACGAUUACGAAUUCCGUGUAGCUGCAGAAAAUGCCGCCGGUCGAGGUCCAUGGAGCUCUAACUCUGAUAUUAUUCGCGCCAGCGCUGCACCAUUCCCACCAAAGAUCACGAGCGACCUCAGUAUUCGCGACAUGACUGUGAUUGCUGGAGAACCAUUUACUAUUACGGUGCCAUACACGGCCAAUCCCAAACCAAAACCAAAUUGGUCUAUUAACGGCGAGGAGGUUCUUACUGAUGAAAGAAUCAAGUUCGAGACGACUGAUGUGGCUUCACAGUUUAUUAAUAAGAAGGCAAAGAGAUCGGAUACUGGCGCAUACACGAUAUAUCUUACGAACACCGUUGGCACAGACUCCGCCUCAUGCAAGGUCCUCGUAGUCGACAAACCAUCGCCACCUCUGGCGCCUUUGGACAUCUCCGAUAUUACUCCAGAAACGUGCACGUUGACGUGGAAACCACCCUUUGACGAUGGUGGUUCGCCAAUCACGAAUUACAUCGUCGAGAAACUGGAUCCGGCCGGUUUCUGGGUGAAACUCAGCAGUUUUGUAAGAAGCACGCAUUACGACGUGAUCGGUCUGGAACCGAAUCGCACUUACAACUUCCGUGUUAGAGCGGAGAAUCAAUAUGGCAUAUCCGACCCGUUACAAGCUGACGAACCGAUAACGGCCAAGUUUCCGUUCACGGUGCCAGAUCCGCCCGGACAACCUCGAGUCAUCGACUGGGAUACCUCAAAUGCUACGGUGGUCUGGACAAGACCAUUGUCCGACGGUGGCUCUCGCAUUCAGGGCUACAAAAUCGAGUUCCGCGAUCCCACUGAGGACAAACAAUGGCGCGUAGCGAACGAUUAUCUUUUCAAAGACACUACAUACGUGUGCUACGGCCUGAUGAGCGGCCAUGAGUACGAGUUCAGGAUUCGCGCGAAGAAUGCAGCCGGCUUCAGCAAGCCGAGCCCGCCAUCCGCGCCGUUCAGGCUCAAGAGCAAAUUCAAUGUACCAUCACCACCUGGCACGCCACAAGUCAUCAAGGUCGGCAAAAACUACGUUGAUCUACGAUGGGAACCGCCCGUGUCUGACGGAGGCAGCAGGAUUACCGGCUACGUGAUCGAGAAGCGCGAGGUGGGCAGUGCGAUGUGGUCCAAGUGCAACGAGUAUAACGUCGUCGACACCGAGUACACGGUCAUGCACCUAAUCGAGCGGGGUGAUUACGAGUUCAGAAUCUUUGCGAUAAAUGCGGCCGGCAGAUCCGAGCCGAGCUCAUGCACUACCCCAGUGAAAAUUUGCGAGGUCGAGGGUGGCGAGAAACCAGAGUUUAUUAGAAACCUGCCAAUUAGUCAGAUUAUACCACUCGGCAAGACCCUCGUCCUCGAAUGCGAGGCCACGGGUAAACCUUUGCCAACCGCCAGGUGGUUGAAGAACGGCCGCGAGAUCACCUUAGGCGGUCGCUUCCGCACCGAGACGAUAAACGGCAUCUAUAGGCUGGUGAUAUCCGAGGUGUGGGACGCAGACGACGGUGAUUAUAGUUGUCAAAUCUCGAAUCCGCUCGGUAUUGCCACAACUACCUGCAGAUUAAAGAUCGGCACACCACCGCGCAUCGAACGCAUGCCAGGCGAUCUCUAUUUGCCGGAGGGCGACAAUACAAAGAUUAAAAUCUACUAUAGCGGCGAUCAGCCAAUGGAGGUGACUCUAAAGAAGGAUGGUCGCCAAAUCGUAGAGACUACGCAUAUCAAAUACACCGUGUUCGACGAGUACCUCAUUAUCUUUAUUAAAGACAUCCAGAAAGAUGAUGCUGGCACUUACGAUCUGUCUAUCAAGAAUGAUAGUGGUAGCGUCAGCGCGUCCUUUAAUGUAUAUAUUACUGGAUUACCUGGACCACCAACUGGACCGCUUGACGUUUCCGACAUUGACAAGCACACAUGUACCUUGUCUUGGCAUCCACCUAAGUACGACGGCGGUCUUCGGGUCACUCAUUACGUUGUGGAACGUCGUGACAUUAGCCACACGCACUGGAUCAUCGUGUCAUCUUUCUGCAAAGAUACUACCUUUGUCGUACAGGGUCUCACCGAGGGUCAGGAAUAUCUCUUCCGAGUGAUGGCCGCCAAUGAUAAUGGCAUGGGUCCACCAUUGGAGGGCACUAAUCCGAUUAAGGCCAAGGCGCCGUUCGAUCCACCAGGACCGCCCGGUACGCCUAAAGUUAUCGAAGUAGGUGGCGAUUUUGUCAAUCUUUCAUGGGAGAAACCGGAAACGGACGGUGGAGCCAAGAUUCAGGGUUACUGGAUCGAUAAGAGGGAGGUUGGCAGUCAAGCAUGGCAACGUGUAAACGUCAGCAUCUGCCUACCGACGCAAAUCAAUAUCAGCAACUUGAUUGAAGGAAGGCAGUACGAGUUCCGAGUAUUUGCUCAAAACGUCGCAGGACUUAGUCCCGAAUCGAAGGCUUCGACCUCCGUGAAGAUUGUCGAUCCACAAGCGGCGAAGGCUCCAGAGAUCAUUCAACCUCUGCACAAGGUGAAUUGCGUCCAGAAUCAUAACGCUCACUUCCAAUGUAACAUCAUCGGCACGCCGAAGCCAAACAUUACGUGGUUCAAAGGCGCUCGCGAGAUCGUGAGCGGUUGUCGCUACAACAUUUACUCCGAGGGCGAUACUCACAAUCUCAUCAUUCACGACGUAUUCGGCGAGGAUGCCGACGAGUAUUUCUGUCGCGCGGCGAAUAAGUGUGGCGUGAAAUCCACCAAAGGUGAACUCUUCAUCAAGACACCGCCGAAACUCAACGUGCCGCCGCGUUUCCGCGACACCGCCUUCUUUGACAAAGGUGUAAAUGUCGUCAUCAAGAUACCAUUUACUGGUUACCCGAAGCCGAAGAUUACGUGGGUGCGCGAGGGCGAGGUGAUUGAGUCCGGCGGGCAUUAUUCUGUUGAGGUAAAAGAGCGACACGCCGUAUUGACAAUACGUGACGGCAGUCGCAUGGACUCUGGUCCGUACCGUAUCUCCGCCGAGAAUGAUCUCGGCCAGGAUACGGCCAUCAUCAAGAUCCAGAUCAGCGAUCGUCCAGAUCCGCCUAGAUUCCCUCAGGUAGAUAACAUCAGCCAUGACUCGCUAGCGGUCACUUGGAAGCCGCCAGUUUGGGACGGCGGCAGCAACAUCACCAACUACGUGGUGGAAAAACGCGAGCAUCCGAUGAGUAGUUGGAUUCGUGCCGGCAACACCCGUUUCUGCACGCUUGCAGUGACUGGUCUUAGCCCCGGACAUCAGUAUGAUUUCCGGGUAUGUGCGGAGAAUAUUUACGGUCGUUCCGAUCCAAGUGAAGCGACGCCGCUGAUCACUACAAAGGGCGUGAUCAAGCGCGAGUUCAAGAAGAAAGAGUACGAGAUAGACGCAAGCGGCAAGAAGAUACGCGGCCGCGAGGACGAAAAGCCGCACGAUUACGACCAGUUUGUGUUUGACGUGUACAGCAAGUACGUGCCGCAGCCGGUUGAGAUCAAGCACACGUCAGUCUACGACAAGUACGACAUCCUGGAAGAGAUCGGUACGGGCGCAUUUGGCGUGGUGCAUCGCUGCCGUGAGAGAACCACCGGUAACAUAUUCGCUGCCAAAUUCAUCCCGGUGUCACACGUAAUGGAGAAGGAGUUAAUCAGGAAAGAGAUCGACAUUAUGAAUCAGCUGCAUCAUCCCAAAUUGAUCAACCUGCACGACGCCUUUGAGGAUGAUGACGAAAUGGUGCUGAUUUUUGAGUUCCUGUCUGGCGGUGAACUGUUCGAGAGGAUUACGGCCGAGGGCUAUACCAUGUCCGAGGCGGAAGUCAUCAAUUACAUGAGGCAAAUCUGCGAAGGCGUCAAACAUAUGCACGAGAAGAACAUUAUUCAUCUAGAUAUCAAACCCGAGAAUAUCAUGUGCCAAACUCGCAACAGCACAAAUGUAAAACUGAUCGAUUUCGGUUUGGCUACUAAACUUGAUCCGAAUGAAGUAGUAAAGAUCAGUACGGGCACAGCCGAGUUUGCCGCCCCCGAGAUUGUCGAACGUGAACCAGUCGGUUUUUACACCGAUAUGUGGGCCUGCGGUGUACUCGCUUAUGUUCUAUUGAGUGGCCUUUCGCCGUUCGCCGGUGACAAUGACAUCGAGACCUUGAAAAAUGUGAAGGCAUGCGACUGGGACUUCGACGAGGAGGCAUUCCGCGACGUUUCCGAGGAGGGAAAAGAUUUCAUCAGGCGGCUACUUGUCAAAAACAAAGAGAAGCGCAUGACUGCGCACGAGUGCCUCCUUCACCCAUGGUUGACCGGCGACCAUAGCAAGUGGACCAAUCCAAUCGCUAACAGUCGUUACCUCAGCAUUAGAGAUAGAUUGCGUGCCAAGUAUGAGAAUUGGGACAAGUAUGUUCUUCCCAUCGGCCGCUUAGCCGAAUACUCGUCGCUUAGGAAACUUUUAAUCGACAAAUACAGAAUUUAUGAUUCUUGCUUCGAUCGUCGACAGGCAGCACCUAGAUUCGUCAUUAAACCACAAAGCGCAUUUGCAUACGAAGGACAGAGUGUGAAGUUCACUUGUCGUGUGAUUGCGAUCGCAGCACCGACCCUGUCUUGGUCACACAAUAAUCAGGAACUACGACAAUCCGUCAAAUUCAUGAAGAGAUAUCACGGUGACGAUUACACCUUUAUUAUUAACAGAGUCAAGUUGGAAGACAGAGGAGAAUAUAUUAUACGCGCGGAGAAUCAUUAUGGCUAUCGUGAGGAAAUCGUAUUCCUUAAUGUACAACCACUGCCGAGAGAAAUUCCAAAGUAUAGACCCGAGCUACAUCCUGUACGCAGACGAGAACCGCUUGGCUACAACGUUUGGCUGGAGACAAUCGAAUCAGCGCCAAGCUUUACGUUCCUAUUACGACCACGUGUUAUUCAAAUCAGACAGACCUGUAAGCUGCUUUGCUGUCUGAGCGGCAAUCCACAGCCCACUGUGAAAUGGUACAAGGACAGGGAAGAAUUGUCUAAAUAUAAUUAUCCUAUGAGCAACGCCGAUGGUGUCGUCACGAUGGAGAUUGUAGACUGCAAGCCGGAAGACAGUGGCAAAUAUCGUUGCGUGGCUACAAAUAAGCAUGGCAAAGACGAGACCAGCUGUGUAGUCAUUGUAGAAGGCACUGGAGAAACGGAGGAGCAAGUAAAAUUAGUGCACGACCUCCUACAUUCCGGAGAUCGAAAGUUCAUUGAGCAACCAUUGAAACCGGCACCGCCACCGAUCGUGACAGUUCAUAAGUCUAGCGGUUAUAGCGGCUAUAGUUCCACAACGCAAGGCCAAUCAAGUUCUACUUCUUCAUACAAUAACAAAUACAAUUCCACUUCCUCGUCGUAUAAGGACAGCUCCAGUGUUAAAAUAAACGAGUCAUCUGAUAAACGAAGCGUAAAGAAAUACGGCUCAAAGCUCGAUUCCACCGGCAGUCCAUCUCGAUCUAGAAGCACUACGAAAGAACUUAUCCAGCCCUCGGACGAUUCGAUGAGACCACCGCAGUUCACUCAAAAGCUAAAGAAUCUAACGGUCAACGAUGGCGAACAUCUGGAACUUACGGUCAAAGUCGACGGCGAUCCCGAGCCGCAAAUUACUUGGAGUAAAGAUGGCAAGUUGCUGAGUUCUUCAGAAAUUGUCGAUCUUAAAUAUAAGAACGGAGUGGCCUCGCUCACGAUUAACGAAGUAUUCCCCGAAGACGAAGGCGAAUACGCGUGUCUCGCGACUAACAGCAUUGGCAGUGACACGACAUCUUGCAAGCUGACUGUAAAACCCGUGGAGAACGCCGCUAGAAAGAAGCAGAGCGAUGACAAAUCACCGAAGAUCGUCGACCACCUAAUGAGCAAGUACGUGAAAGACGGUGAGGCUGUGACGCUCAGCUGUCGAAUAAUCGGUGCGAAGAAGUUUGAUGUGGUGUGGCUGCACAACAAUAAGGAGAUCAAGCCUAGCAAGGACUUCCAGUACACUAGCGAGGCUAACAUCUACAAGCUAAACAUCGCCGAGAUAUUCCCUGAGGACUCCGGCACUUACACGUGCGAAGCUUUCAACGACGCAGGAGAGAGCUACUCGUCGUGCACGUUAAGCGUACUCGCUCCAAACGAAGAGCCGAAAAGCCCAGCGUUCGCGACAUUCCCACAGUCUGCAACAGUGACUGAAGGCGAGUCGGUUACUUUCACGUGCAAGACUGAUACCGCGCCUUUGAAAGUGACUUGGUUGAAGGAUGGCAAGGCGAUCUCCGAGACGAGCAGCAGAUACCACUUCAGCUCAGACGGCAGCACGUCCUUUGAGUUUGGCAUUAAGACGUGCACGGCCAGCGACGUCGGUCAAUAUUUGGCGCGUGCGAUCGGUCAGAAAGGCGAGACCAACUCGGCGUUCGCCCUUAAUGUUGUCAAUCCCGGCGAGCUGUGAAAUCGAUAUUGAUACUGGGUUAUACGUCGAAUUAUCAUCGCGGUUGACAACCGAAUCGGAGCACCUCUAAUACAUUCUUCGUGGAAGAACGCAUUUCUAAAUCGUUUAAUCGCGAAUAUCAAAGGGCACGCGUACGCUUCGAUGAAUCUGUUUGUUACGAAUGCGUUUUCCAGGAAGAGUGUACCUCUUCCGGUCUCGCACGCAUUCGACUUUGCGGAUGCUGUAAUCAUCUCUGGGCGAUUGUUACCGCGUCUUUCAUACACUCUGGCCUUUCUGCUUUUGCAAAAUUUAACCGAAAUUCACGCGAUGCGAGGGAAGAGUUGAGGGGCAGCGAACAUUUUUAGAGUAUAUGACGUCCUUCUGUAUAGAAAGCAAGAGAGAAUUGGAAGACUAACUUUUCUCUCUUUCUCUCGUAUUCUAUAAAUGUAAAUUAUUCUGGAACGCUGUAUUUUCUUCCUGUGUGUUUGUCAUGAUGUCGCAUAAUCCGCGGAACGCUGUUACGACGAGAAUCCGAAUUCGCUGCGAGAAUCUGGACACAAGCAUUACGGAUAGCACGCGCAAAUGCUACGCUAAAAUAUUCGGCUUUGCUGUAUUACACGACUCGGCACACACUCGAGUACGCAACUACUUAACGGGCACAUCGUGGUAGCAUCUAAAAAAGAAAAGAGAAAAAGGAAAAUGAGCAUCCCGUAGGCUGUAAACGUCCGCAAACACGAUUUUCCCGGUGAGAAUGCCAGCAUCCUCGAACAUCUGAACAUACGUUUUUAAUAUCAUCAUCCAAAACUCUAACCGGGGAAAUCUCUUAAUGGCGUUAGAAUGAGCAUGCAAGUAUUGUUAUGUGAUUCUAUCGCGAUGUCCCCUAUUAUUCCAUAUUAAUGGUACGCACUGUCGUGUUUUACUUGUUUGAAGACUGCUUCCAUCAGAAAAUUUACGAUAAAAUAAAACGUAUAAUUAAAAAA